UAAAGGCAACCACGGAAAGAAGUUUCAAUCCUCUCAUAUAUAUGACACAAGAAGAUUUGCAUUAAUUUGAAUCUAUACAAUAUGGCAACGAAGUCUUUAAUACUGUAUGGUCUUGUCGUGACCCUAGUCAUCGCAUUGAUAUGCAACAUCGAAGAGGCUGCAGCGAGAGACGUAAAGCUAGUGAAACUUAGCGAUGUAAAGCCCGAAACGUUGACAACAUUAAAACGAGAAGAAGAAAAAGAACUCGUGAACGACAAACUUACAAAAGAGAUUGAGAAUGCAAAGAAAUUGCUGGGGGAGUUGAAAACGUUGAAGAAGGAAUCAAAAGAUGAUAUGAAAGAGGAGUUGAGUUCUUUGAUGAAAUCUGAAACGCUACUUAACGAAAUGUCGGAUACACUCAAGAACGGAACGUGCAAUGCAAACAAAGCUACGAUAUUUGUAGAGAAAGAAUCGUUUUUCUACAGAGCAUGGAAGGAGAAUGCAUAUCAUUCGGUGGUUCCAGAGAAGGAGAAAGAGUUUAUGUCUAACAUAAAACGCAUUAUUAAGCUGUUGAAGAAAACUUAGAGGGACGGUUGACUUUUAUGAUAUUCAAAAGAGAAAAAUCGCGUCUAUAUAUCAAUUAUUUGUUGCGUUAGAACUUUUUGUAACUAGUAAUUACACUGUUUUGUUUUGUGUUUUGUAAGAAUGUUGUAUUUGGUCAAAAUAGUAAAAAUAAAAUAAUUUAGCGAUAUAUUUUUUAUCAU